AUCCAUAUGUAACCACCACGUCCCUUUCCUUCUCUUCUUUUCUACAGAAAGAUGUCGCACUUAAGCCUCAGGAACGUGUGGAGAAACGCCAGACCCCCCUGACUAAGAAAAAACGAGAAGCACUUACCAAUGGCUUGUCCUUUCAUUCAAAGAAGAGUAGACUCAGCCACCCACAUCACUACAGCUCAGAUCGAGAAAAUGACCGCAAUCUCUGCCAGCACCUCGGGAAGAGGAAGAAAAUGCCGAAGGGAGUCAGACAGCUCAAGCCAGGGCAGAACAGCUGCAGGGACAGUGACAGUGAAAGCGCCAGUGGAGAAUCCAAGGGCUUCCAGCGGAGCAGCUCUCGGGAAAGGCUCAGUGAUAGUUCAGCUCCUUCCAGCUUGGGAACAGGCUACUUC